AUGAAGUUCUUCAAUCCGACCACCGCGCACCUCCUGGCCGUUGCAGUCGUCAUCAUGACUGCCCAAGUCAGCUGUCUUCCCACCUACGGUCUUGUCCGUCGCCAUCAUCACACCACCAUCGUCAACAACUACCGUCGUUCACAUGGCGACGACCACGGCGACCUCUCUGCCCACGACGGCUACGAAGCCCAGCUGCACAGCCUUGAAGUUGCACUCCACCACUACGAGGAGUACGGAGAUGCGAAGAGCCUCGAGACUUAUCUCAAGGGAUUUGGUACUGAUGAUCCUAGCAAGGCUUCGAACAGCGGCGAUCAUGUUUCUGCUCGCAAAGAUGAUGGUGAAAAUGAUGCCAAGAAUGGUGGGCAGGAGAAGGGUCAAGAUUGCGAGCAAGGCGAUCAGUCUCAGUCUCAGCAGAGUCCUUCUAAGGACUCUUGGUCGCAGUGGCAGCAGCAGCAACAUCAGCCAAAGAUGGUCAAGAAGCCCAAGAAGACUCGGCCUCAGCCUUCGCAGGACUACACGGAGCCCAAGCCCGAGCCUCAGCGAUCGCAACCUGCCACGCCACCCAAAAGCUACAACCCGGCUCCUCCCAAGAACGACGGCAACUCCUCGCCGCACACAAUCGACGGCUACACAUGCCCCAAAUUCGAUAUCCCCUCUUCCUCCCCCUCCACCACCUCCCUCUACACCUCUUCCACCCCCUUCACCGGCCGUGCCACCUACUACGACACAGGCCUAGGCGCAUGCGGAAUCACCAACUCGGACUCUGACCCUAUCGUCGCUAUUUCGCGUGACCUCUUCGAACAGUACAACCCAUCCGACGCCAACCCGAAUCACAACUCCCUGUGCGGUCGAAAAGUUGAGAUCACCUGGAAAGGCAAGACUGUUCACGCGUUCGCGACAGACGAAUGCCCAGGUUGCGAAACGACGAGCUUGGAUAUGAGCCCCAAGGUCUUCGAGAGUCUAGACGCCAAGGAGAAGGGCAUUUUGGAUGGUAUCCAAUGGCGAUUCGUCUGA